AUGGCGAAAAAGCUCUCUCCUUUCAAUUUUACAAAGGCUGUCAUGCGGUCAUUUAUGGCCGAAUCAGGUCUCGAGCCCAGACUGCUUCACAGCCGAUUUCGCAUAACAAAUGCUUCAGAGGGUAAAGUCGACUUCGAAGUCGACAUUCACAAAGAUCAUACGAAUCGGCUCCAAACCAUACAUGGCGGGACCAUAGCCAGCCUCGUUGACCUCGGAGGAUCUCUGGCAGUCGCAUCUACUGGACGAUUCGCGACCGGUGUGUCAACUGACUUGAAUGUUACGUAUCUAAGCCCUGGUGGCCGGCCUGGCGAUCUUCUCAAGGGAACUGCUACUUGUGAUAAGAUUGGCAAGACGCUCGCGUAUACAUCGGUACAGUUCUACAAUAGCAAAGGCCAGCUCGCCGCAAGAGGAAGCCACACCAAGUAUGUCGCUGGAACCAUGGGCCCGGAUGGGGCCUUUGUAGCUCCGGCGCAAUGGGUAGAUGAAGUCGACUAG